AGGUUUUAUUCAUUAUCUCCUUUUGAAUGAUUGCCUAAAUGAAAACAUGAAGCAUAGGACAUCAAGUUUCCAGCUGUUACCUUUGGCUUCGUGAUCGAGAUCUGGGCGUUAAAUAGGAUCCAGUCCACUCAUCUGAUGGAGCAGUCCAGCUAUCUGACUCAUCCGACUGCGGUGUUUCACUUGGUUUGCUGGCCGUGGAGCUUUGUAAUUGCUGCUUUGUUGCUUGAGAGCUGGUUGCACUUCCAACAGACUGCGUUCUUGACUCAGGUGUGGCGGAAAUACCAAGAUGGCUGCUGGUUGAUCUUUCACGAUAGGUUCCUCCACCCGACUGGUGUAUGAUAACGGCCGGCAGGUUGUUGCACGUGUAGAAGCAUUUUGACCCAUUCAUAUUCGGCUUUCAUGCGGCGGGGCGGAUGUUUUUUCGAAGAGGUUGAAGAAGAUUUGCCUGCAGAUUUUAGGCCUCCAGAG